AUGACUAACAUUUUACGUAAGCUUCACAUUACCAAACUGAACACAGGUAACUCUGCAUCAAUUAACUCCCAAUCCAACUCACCGGCACCGCAGUCCAUACCAGCUGACAAAGACGUUAAUAUGGACUACUAUCAACAACAAGCGAAAAUUUCAGGUGAUCAACAACUGCAACAACAUUUAGUGCAGCCAGUCAUCACUGCGUCCAACAUCAAUGCUACACCUAUAGUAACUAAACCCGACCAGGCAAUUAGCUCCCUCAAGGCCGCAUCGGCCACCGCCGAUGUAGCUGGUGCUGGUGCUAGUGGUGCCGCCGCUGCGGGGUUAGCUGGCACCAGUGCUGAUGACGCCAUUAAACGAUCAUUACUUCCUCAGAGAUCGACCAUUUCCAAGGGGAAAUAUUCUCUUGGCGAUUUCCACAUCAUGAGAACUUUGGGUACUGGUUCGUUUGGAAGAGUCCAUUUGGUUAGAUCGGUGCAUAAUGGAAGAUACUAUGCCAUUAAAGUAUUGAAGAAGUACCAAGUGGUUAAGAUGAAACAAGUCGAACAUACCAACGACGAAAGAAGAAUGCUUAAGUUGGUGGAACAUCCAUUUUUGAUUAGAAUGUGGGGGACUUUCCAAGAUGCCAAAAACUUAUUUAUGGUUAUGGACUAUAUUGAAGGUGGUGAAUUGUUCUCAUUGUUGCGAAAAUCACAAAGAUUCCCUAAUCCAGUGGCUAAGUUUUAUGCUGCUGAAGUUACAUUGGCAUUAGAAUACUUACACAGUCACGAUAUCAUAUAUCGUGAUUUAAAACCAGAAAAUAUCUUAUUGGAUAGAAAUGGUCAUAUAAAAAUCACCGAUUUCGGGUUUGCCAAAGAAGUGAGUACAGUUACUUAUACUUUGUGUGGAACUCCGGAUUACAUUGCUCCUGAAGUAAUCACCACAAAGCCUUAUAAUAAAUCUAUCGAUUGGUGGUCGCUUGGGGUUUUAAUUUUUGAAAUGUUGGCUGGUUACACUCCAUUUUAUGAUACAACUCCAAUGAAGACCUAUGAAAAGAUUUUGGCUGGUAAAGUCCAUUACCCCAGUUUCUUUGCCCCAGAAGUGAUUGAUUUAUUGAGUAAAUUGAUUACUAGUGAUUUGACUAGAAGAUUGGGUAAUUUAAGCAAUGGUCCUGCUGAUAUUAGAAACCAUCCUUGGUUUCUGGAGGUUGUAUGGGAGAAGUUGUUAGCCAAGGACAUUGAGACCCCUUACGAACCUCCAAUCACUGCCGGUACCGGUGAUUCUUCCUUGUUUGAUCAUUAUCCCGAAGAACAAUUGGACUAUGGUAUCCAAGGAGAAGACCCCUAUGCACAAUACUUUUUGGAUUUCUAA